CGUUAUAAUACGUUGCACUUGAGCGCGUGCACACAAACACCCUACCCUUUUCCUCUCCGUAUUCCUCUUCAUCCCUUCUCUGCACUCAAUUCCACCACGCACCCUACCUCACAGAGCCACCACUCGUUAAGGUCGCUGCAAUUUUGUGUUAUUAUCUCUCAAUCAGAUCCUUUGAAGAAAUCAAAGAUGGCUUAUGCUGCUGUAUUAUCUCUUAAACAGAAUCUGAAGCAGAUAUCAAAUCCUCUUCUAGACCAACAUCAAACUCCUCUUCAGGACCAACAAAUUAAAUCUCUCCAUGAAAAGUUGAGUUUCUUACUAGAUUUUUUGGAUGAUUCCUGGCAGAGGAGGAGCGAGGAACUACGAUGUUUGGAAAGGGAAAUUCGAGAUGCAGCCUACAAAGCUGAAGAUAUGGUCGAAUCACAUAUAUCUAAGAAUUUUGGUGAGGAAGGCUUUCAAGAAAGACAAAUGAGAGACCAAACUUUUUGUGUAAACUUUGAGAUAGUAGCAGAUGAAAUUGAUUCCAUUAUGACGAAGGCUGCUAAGCUUACGGAAUUGUGGGGCGCAACAGAUCUGCAUCAGAGCCAGAGGACUUCUUUGCCAACUGGACCAUCAAGACUUCCUUCAAUCGGCAAGAAUGAUAUGGUCGGGUUUCGUAACGAUAUGAUGCAAUUAAUGGAUCGACUUACUGGAUAUCCACCUGCUCUCCAAAUCAUCCAAGUCACUGGCAUGGCAGGUAUUGGCAAGACCACACUUGCUAGAAAUGUUUACAAUGAUCCAUUUGUUGCAUAUCAUUUUCCUAUUCGUGCCUGGGUAUCAAUUUCUCAAGACUAUCGUGAGCGAGAAGUCUUGCUGAGUCUUCUGGAUUCCAUGAAACUACUCAGUGCUGAGAUGCAUCAACAGAGCAGUACUGAAGGAUUAAAAGAGUAUCUACAUGAAAGUUUAGAAGGUAGGAGGUUUCUUGUUGUGGUGGAUGACUUUUGGAACCCCGAGGAUUGGAAUUUUUUGAGAAUGAUAUUUCCAGACGACAAGACUGGAAGCCGGAUCAUGUUGACAACACGCCUGUCGAGUGUGGUUGACGCCCGCUACCAGAGCUUUCCCUAUCAUAUGCAGUUUCUAGAUGAGACUGACAGUUGGAAUCUACUUCGUCGGGAGGUGUUUGGGGACGAUUCUUGCCCUCCUGAGCUGGUGGAAACUGGAAAGGAGAUUUCAACGAAUUGCAAAGGACUUCCACUUGCCCUUGUCGUGAUUGGCGGCCACCUUUCCAACGCCAACAGGACAAAGGAUCACUGGGAGUACGUUGCAGAAAAUGUCAAGUCAGUUGUAAAUGCAGCAGAUGAAAAAUGCUCAGAAAUACUUUCUUUAAGUUAUGAUUACUUGCCUCAUUAUCUCAAAGCAUGUUUUCUCUAUAUGGGAGUUUUUCCAGAAGAUGAAAUUCGUGUCUCCAAACUCAUCAAGUUAUGGGCUGCAGAGGGAUUUCUAAAACCAGUCAGAGGUAAAACUUUGGAAGAAGUGGCAGAGGAAUAUUUGGGAGAUCUAAUUUCCAGAAAUCUUAUUUUGAUUAGUGAGAAGAGUUCUACUGGAAAGAUAAAAACCUGUAGCAUCCAUGAUAUGGUAAGGGACCUAUGCUUAAGAAAAGCUCAGGAGGAAAGGUUUUGUCAUGUCACAAAUAAUGUUUUUGCUGAAGGCAUUAAGUAUUCACGUCGUCUAUGUAUUCAUCCAUGGGGUACUUUUCACAAGGAGUGGUCAAACUCUGACAAUUUAAAUGUCAAUCCGUCCAUGGGAUCCUUGGCACCAGUCCGUUCUAUUUUAUGUUCUGUUUUUGCUGGCGAGAUUUAUAAAUCAAGUGACGGAAAACAUUUUCCACUGCUCAGGGUGUUGGACCUUAAAGGAAAAUUAGAAUGGGAUCUAAUCGGGGAAAUAAAACUAGUUCACUCAAGGUACCUCUCCUUCUCCUCAUUUAAGAAAAUUUCCAUCCCUAAAACAUUACCUGAUUCUCUUCGGUUUCUACAGACCUUAAUUGUAGACUGUAAAGAAGUACAUCUACCAGAGGAAAUAUGGAGGAUGCCACAGUUAAGGCAUCUCCUGUUCGGUAGGUGUUAUUUGCCAUGCCCUGCUAGAUCACCAAUAGAUGGGGAGAAUUUAGUUCUAGGAAACCUUUUGACAUUGUCGAAAGUGAGUAGUUCCAGCUGUACCAAGGAGGUCUUUGAAGGAGUUCCAAAUCUAAACAAGUUAGGAAUUUUGGUUGAAAAAUUUCAAAUGAGACCUUUUUUUCUAAGCAAUCUAGUUAAUCUUCCUCAACUUAAGACCCUGAAAAUCAGAAGUGGAAUUUACUCAGAUGUUAGUGUCCUGAUGAAUUUGACUUUCCCACCAAAUAUCAAAAAGUUAACUUUAGAGGGUUGCCAUAUUCCUUGGGAAUAUAUGACUAUCGUCGGUUCAAUGCCAAAUCUUGAAGUGCUCAAACUGCAACAUUAUGCCUGUCAUGGGCCGGAAUGGGAGCCAACGGAAGGAGAAUUUUGCAAACUAAAAUUUCUGCUACUUCAUGGAACAGAUCUAGUGCAAUGGAAAGCUGAUGAGACUCACUUCCCAAGCCUUGAGCACCUAAUUCUUAGGAGCUGCUUCAAACUAGAGGAGAUCCCUUACAGUAUUGGAGAUGUACUAACGCUUCAAAUCAUUGACUUGGAUGACGCUAGCCCUUCGGCUGUGAUUUCGGCAAAGCAAAUACAAGAAGAACAAAUGAACUUGGGAAAUGAUAGCCUUCAAGUUUGUGUCCUUCAUAAGUACCACUUGAAACGUCUAGAGCAAGAGAAAGCAAAGGCUCAAAUUAUGGCUAAAGUCUCGUCAAAUGACGACACACUGCAACUCGAGGCCACAGCUCAGUUUUGCAGUCUUCUUUUUGACUCAAUUCCACUAUCGAAGGAAUUAAUAUCCGGAGUUGUUCCUCGACUCGUCGAAUUUCUUGCUAGAAAUGAUUACCCACAGCUCCAGUGUAAGGCAGCAGAGGCUAUAACAAGUAUUUCUAAUGGUUCAUCUGAUAACAUCAACAUCAUGAUUGAUCAUGGCGCAGUUCCCAUUUUGGUGAGCCUUCUUAGUUCUCCUGAGGACAUUCUUCGUGAACAGGCACUUCAUUUGUUGGGAAAUUUUGCCGGUGAUUCAACAGAAUCUCGUGAUCUUAUCCUUGGUUAUGGAGUGUUAAUGCCCUUAUUGGCACAAUUUAAUGAUAAAACAAAACUAUCCAUCAUGAGAAAGGGUACGCGGACAUUGUCAAACAUUUGUGGGGGAAGGAUAUGGCCUCAGUUCAAGCAGGUGAAAUCUGCCAUCUGUCCUCUUGCUCAUUUGAUACAUACAGACGAUGAAGAAGUCCUUAAUAGUGCAUGCUGGGCACUACUCGGACUAAGUUAUAGGAAAAAAGAUAUAAUCCAAGCUGGUGUUUUCCCUCGCUUGGUUGAGCUUUUACUAUAUCCUUCACUGUUUGUUUUGAUUCCUGCCAUGUGCGUUGUUCAUAAUAUUAUUUCAGAUGUAGAUGAUAUCCAGAUUCAGGUUAUCGUUGAUAAAGGGGCUCUUCCUUGCCUGCUUAAUUUGUUGACACAAAAUUACGAGAACAUGAUCAAGAAGGCCACUUGUUGGAUCAUUACACAGGUCAUUCAACGGACUAAGGAUAAUAUUCAGGCUGUGAUUGAGGCUGGUAUUAUUUCGUCUCUUGUCCAACUGCUUCAAAAUGCUGAAUUUGAGUUACAGGAUGUGGUUGCUUGGGCUAUUUUUAAUGCCACGGUGGAGGGAACUAGUGAGCAAAUCAAGUUCUUGGUGGAUGAGGGCUGUAUAAAACCAUUGUGCGAUCUUCUAGUUUGUCCCAAUGAAGCGAAUAUCAUCAAAUACUGCUUGGGAGGCCUUGAGAACAUUCUGAAGGUUGGAGAAGCUGAGAAAAACCAAGGCAACACCGAAGAUAUGAAUGUCUUUGCUCAGAUGAUUGACGAUGAUGGGGGUCUUCAGAGGAUUAAGAACCUCCAGAGUUAUGACAACAGUGAAAUAUGCGAAAUUGCCGUGAAACUACUUGAAACAUAUUGGCAUCAAGAGGAUGAUAAUGAUGAGAACUGACGACGACGAUGACUGAGGAUGAGGAUGAGGAUGAAGAGGAUGAGGAUGAGGAUGAGGAUCAUAAUGAUGAGGAUAAUGACGACGACGAGGAGGAGGAGGAGGAGGAGGAUGAUAAUGAUAAAGACUUUGAUUCAAAACCAAACACCCUAUCAUGACUUUCAGCUGCCUUUUGGCGAAGUUCCACAAUCUGGGCUUGUUUAUUAUACAGUAGUUUAUCAUUUCCUUUGUUUUCUACUAAAAUAUUUAGGAAAACGCAUGGUUGGUACAAACUAAUGGAUUAGAGCAGACAACAUAAAUGAUAAGAUUUUGAACCUUUUUGUUCCA